AUGUUAAGCCAAUUCACAAGAAGCUUGAGCUGUUUCGUUAAACCUACACCACCAAAGUUGAACAAGCUCACUAGAACAAUGACUGUUUUACCAAAAAUUCUACAAGAUGCUAGACCAAAAGUAUCACCAGAGUUGGAUUACUCAACCUAUUCCAAUUAUCAGAACUUUAAGAUCAAUCACACUGAUUUGAAUUUGAACAUCUCAUUCGAUGACUCCAUCGUAAAUGGAUUUGUUACUUUCAAUUUGAACAAGAUUGAUAAAUCAUGCAAUGAAAUCAGACUAGACACCUCUUUCUUAACUGUUGACUCUGUUGAAAUCGAUGAUGCAAAGGUAGACUUUCAAUUGAAGGAUAGAUUGGAACCAUUGGGUUCCCAAUUGAUCAUUAAUCCACCAACAGCAACAUCUCUAAAUAAUGAGUUCAAUUUGAAAUUAGGCUUCUCUACCACUAAAGACUGUACUGCUUUGCAAUGGUUAAACGGUGAACAAACUUCUUCUGGUAAGCCUUAUGUCUUCUCACAAUUGGAAGCUAUUCAUGCAAGAGCUUUGUUCCCAUGUUUCGAUACUCCUUCUGUUAAAUCGACUUUUAACGCUGCCAUCACUUCAACUUUACCUGUCGUAUUCUCAGGUAUCGAACAAUCUGUUGUCGAUAAUGGCAAUGGUACUAAGACCUAUAAUUUUAAGCAAUCUGUCCCAAUUCCUGCUUACUUGAUUGGUAUUGCCUCUGGUGAUCUGGUCAGUGGUGAAAUUGGACCACGUUCAAAGGUUUAUACUGAACCUUUCCGUUUGAAAGACUGUGAAUGGGAAUUCUCUGGUGAUGUUGAAAAAUUCAUCCAGGCUGCUGAAAAGAUCAUAUUCCCUUAUGAAUGGGGUACUUAUGAUAUUCUAGUCAAUGUCAAUUCUUAUCCAUACGGUGGUAUGGAGUCUCCAAAUAUGACUUUUGCUACUCCAACUCUAAUUGCUUAUGAUAAAUCAAACAUCGAUGUCAUCGCUCAUGAGUUGGCUCAUUCUUGGUCUGGUAAUUUGGUCACAAACUGUUCUUGGAACCAUUUUUGGUUGAAUGAAGGUUGGACCGUUUAUUUGGAAAGAAGAAUUGUCGCUGCUAUUCACGGUGAAGCCACUAGACAUUUCAGUGCCUUGAUCGGUUGGAAUGAUUUGGCCAACUCAAUCAGUGCCAUGAAAAACCCAGAUAGAUUCUCAACUUUGAUCCAAAAUUUGAACGAUGGUACUGACCCAGAUGAAGCCUUCUCUUCUGUUCCAUACGAAAAGGGUUUCAACUUGUUGUUCCAUUUAGAAACUAUUUUAGGUGGUCCAAAGGAAUUCGAUCCGUUUAUCAAACAUUAUUUUACCAAAUUCUCCAAAAAAUCUUUGGAUUCUUACCAAUUCUUUGAUACUUUAUUCGAAUUUUUUGCUGACAAGAGAGAAAUUUUAGAUGCUGUCGAUUGGGAAACUUGGUUAUACAAGCCAGGCAUGCCACCAAAACCAAAAUUCAUCACCACAUUGGCAGACAAUGUCUAUUCGUUAGCCGAAAAAUGGGCUACUGAAAUCAAGAAUGGCAAUACUACUGAGGAUGACUUGAAACAAGCCUUUACCGCUGCUGACAUCAAAGAUUUCAACUCUAACCAAAUUGUCUUAUUUUUGGACACUUUGGUCCAAAACAAAGAGAUCCAAUGGAAUAACCACCAUACUGCUGCCAAGACUUUGUUGAAGAUUUAUGAAGACAGCAUUGUCAAAUCCAGAAAUGCUGAAGUUGUCUUCAGAACUUAUAGAUUCGAAAUCACCGCCCAAUUGAAGGAAUCAUACCCACAAUUAGCUGAAUGGUUAGCCACUGUCGGAAGAAUGAAGUUUGUUCGUCCAGGUUACAGAUUGUUGAAUUCUGUCGACCGUCCAUUGGCCUUAGCCACAUUCGAGAAGUUGCAAAACAUCUAUCACCCAAUAUGUAAGGCUUUGGUCAAACAAGAUCUUGAGGCCUGA